CCGCUUGCUGUCGCGUGCAAGUGAUUUGCGGACAAUGAUAAAGUAACCUGAAUCAAUUUCUCCCCUCGGUCGUAUCUAGUCGUUCCCGGUGUUUCCUAAUUACCAAACACGUGGUGCCGUGCAUCCAUCAUGGGAAGCACGGACAACGCGACGAAGAACAUGCUAAACGACAACCAGGACUUCGUUGACGAAUACGGAGCAAAUCUCAAGAUCCUGCCUUGUAACAACCAAGUGAAAGAGUUACAAACCAUUUUAAGAGACAAGAAUACCACAAGGAGUGAUUUCAAGUUCUAUGCUGAUCGUCUGAUCAGGUUGGUUAUUGAAGAAAGUUUGAACCAACUACCUUUUUCAAAAUGCGUAGUAACAACUCCAACUGGUGCUCAAUACAAAGGUUUAAAGUAUCAGAAGGGAAAUUGUGGUGUAUCCAUAGUUAGAAGCGGAGAAGCUAUGGAACAGGGUCUUAGAGACUGCUGUCGUAGUAUCAGAAUUGGUAAGAUCUUAGUUGAAAGUAAUGCAGAUACACAUGAGGCUAGAGUAGUUUACGCUAAAUUCCCUGAUGAUAUAUCGGAGAGGAAAGUUUUGUUGAUGUAUCCAAUAAUGAGCACUGGAAACACUGUCAUCAAAGCUAUAGCUGUAUUAAAAGAACAUAACGUGCUCGAAGAAAAUAUUAUCCUAUCAAAUUUGUUUUGUACGCCAAUUGCAGCCAAAUCUCUAGUCACUGCCUUUCCUAAGAUGAAGAUCUUAACGUCAGAGAUCCAUACCGUCGCACCGAAUCAUUUUGGACAGAAAUACUUUGGUUCUGCGGAUAGAACACGAACUUAAUGCGGACGCAAUUGAUGUCGGAUUUGCCACAAUAUUCUGAUCGAGUCUGUUGGCGUAUUGUUAACAUUUUGCUUACUGGGAUACAUGUAGAUAAAAAAAUUUUAGCAGGUAUUGGUAAAAAUUUUCUUGAUAUUUUCACAUGAGCUUAUUGCGGAAACAUAUUAUCAAAAACAUAUUGAUAAUUAUUGAUUUCAGGCUCGUUAUUCGUUACAACGUAUUGGAGACACCAAAAUAUACAGGAGAAAGAUAGUUGGGGAAUUAGCUACUAUUUCUAUUCUUAUUGUUGAAUUUUAAUCGAUCAAAUUGCAAAUUUUAUCAGCUUAAGAAGUAAACAUACGUCACAAUUUGUAGAUCAACUAGAUUACAUGUUAUUUUUAACCUGAGAGAGUUGAGUAAUAUUUUCAGAUAUCAUAUAUAUACUAAGAAAAGAAAUAUAUUUUCUACAUAUUCAGAAAUAUAUUUGAGAAAAAUAGUAUUCGCUGUUUCAAAUUUGUUAUAAGCUCUAAUAAGCAUAUGGCUAUAGGCUCUAAUAAGCAUAUUAUUAAAUAUCGUAUCUAUGUACUUACCGGAACUAACAAUUAAGAAAUAGUGUAAAGUUAAUAGAAUAAACAUAUAUUCUAUUU